AAGAAAGCUCCAUAUAUUUGGCUAGUAUGACUAAGCAUAGAAGAAUUUCAACAGUGUUUUCUAGACUACCUACCAGACAAUUAGGUAGCUCUAGUAAACAGGUGACAGUGGAGGAAGUCUUUAACAUAGGCCUGAAAGAAAAUCCAAAAGACACAGGUGGAGUAGUUCCAGGGAUAGACUUGCCAAUAAUUUUAAGAGACAAGUAUGUAAGGCCUGAGCAAGGCUUCAACGAUGGAUCAAAUCUCAUCACACAUCAAAUGACUCACACUGGGCAGAAGCUCCAUGUUUGCAAGGAGUGUGGCCGUGGCUUCAGUCUGAGGUCACAGCUCAUCACACACCAGAGAACACACACAGGAAAGGAGCCCUAUGCUUGCAAGGAAUGUGGGUGUACCUUCAGUCAGAGAUCAAAUCUCAUCACACACCAGAGAACACACACAGGAGAGAGGCCCUAUGUUUGCAAGGAGUGUGGGCGUGGCUUCAGUGAGAGCUCACGUCUCACCAGACACCAGAAAACACACACAGGAGAGAAACCCUAUGUUUGCAAGGAGUGUGGGCGUGGCUUCAGUGAGAGGUCAAGUCUCAUUACACACCAGAGAACACACACAGGAGAGAAGCCUUAUGGUUGCAAGGAUUGUGGACGUGGCUUCAGUGAUAGGUCACAGCUCACCAGACACCAGAGAACACACACAGGAGAGAGGCCCUAUGUUUGCAAGGAAUGUGGGCGUGGCUUCAGUCAGAGGUCAGGUCUCAUUACACACCAGAGAACACACACAGGAGAGAAGCCCUAUGCUUGCAAGGAGUGUGGGCUUACCUUCAGUCAGAGGUCAGGUCUCAUUACACACCAGAGAACACACACAGGAGAGAAGCCCUAUGUUUGUGGGGAGUGUGGGCGUGCAUUCAGUGUUAGGUCACAGCUCAUCACACACCAGAUCACACACGGGGAGAAGCCCUAUUUUUGUGGGGAGUGUGGCCAUGGCUUCAGCAUGAGUGCAAGUCUCAUCAGACACCAGAGGACACACAGUUGA